CGGCGCGGAGGGUCUCGGGCUGUAGCUCAGGUGGCCCCCGGCCGCCAUUGCCCUUCCUGGCCCGGCCGCGGGCCCCUCGCUUCCUGCGCCCCAGGCGGUGCUGCAGGGGGGCGGAGGGGCCGGAGGUACGGGGAGCCCGGGCCCCGACGCUUGCUCACCUGCUGGCCCCGCCCUCCCCGCAGUGACUUCCUGACAGCCCUCGCCUUGGAAGGAGGACACGCCGGCGACCGACGCGCCUCCAGCCAGUCGGGAGAGGCAGGGAUGGAGGUUCCCGAGGAUGGCGUGCUUCUCUUGGCUGAUGAAAAGUUUGACUUUGAUCUCUCAUUGUCUUCUUUAAGUGGAAAUGAAGAUGAUGAAGUCUUCUUCGGACCUGUCGGGCAUAAGGAAAGAUGCGUUGCUGCCAGUUUAGAAUUAAAUCACCAUGUGUCCGAAGAACCUCUUCCAGCCUUGGAAAGUCACCUCACCUGGAGCCCUCCCACCGGGGAGAAAUUUGUGGAAGUGUACAAGGAGGCUCACUUGCUGGCCUUACAGAUUGAAAGCAAAAGCAAAAACAGGGCAGCCCUAGCAGCCAGGCCUGAAGACCUUUGGAGCCAGGGCGUGGAGAGAUUCAUACAGGAAUCAAAAUUAAAAAUAAACCUGUUUGAGAAAGAGAUGGAACUGAAGAAGAGCCCCAGGUCACUGAAGAGGGAGACGUAUUACCUGUCGGACAGCCCCCUGAGGGCACCACCCAGCCAGACCCCCUUGGGCGGGGUCCCGGCCCAGGCCAGCCAAGCCCUGACGCAGGGACUGUCGCAUUCGCCUCGCCUGCCGGUGGACCCCAGUAUUGCUCCCCCUCCGAACCAGGCAGGGCCCCAGAAGAAGGUCACCAGCCACUGGGUUCGGCCCCGAGCUCCAUCGCCUAUGAAAAGGAUCCCAGCCAGCCCCUCCAGCGCGAGGAACCUAAACGAGACAGAGUCCCAUGGGGACGUGCCCCCUGACAAACCCAGCGCUGCCCGGGAGGGCGCUGGCUUGCUAGCUGGGGGCGGCCACUCGGUCCAGGGCAAGCGGUCGCUCCCUGUCCCCAACAAGUUGGGGCUGAAGAAGACCCUGUUAAAAGCACGCGGCUGUGCUGGCGGUCUUUCUCGGAAGUCGUCUUCCUCGGGGUCUGGGUCGGGUGGGAUUGCCGGCGUGUGCGCCUCUCCCGCCGCCCGCAGAGCUAAAUCAAGUGAACCUGCAAGUCCUCCUGCAAAGAGCAGUUCCCCGCCCGUGUCACGCACCAGCCAGUCAGGCAGAGUGGGACCCGCCGUGUCUCAGCAGUCCCUGCAGGCAGGCCCUGGGGGCGCAUCCUGCAGGCAGAGUAAGCGGGCCUCGGUGGCGGAGGUGACGGGGGAGCUGGCCCAGGAGCCCACUCUCGCGGCUCUCGCCCAAGCCUGGACUCCAGAACAGGGAGGCCUGGGGCUGAGCUCUCGUUCCAGCCGGUCACCGCUGCCCCAGUGGAAUACAGCCGGGAGCGUGCGAGGGCGUGACUCCCAGCGAUCCUUCGGGACGAAGGCGAUGCCCACCCCUAUGAGUCACUUUAAGGUCCCCAGGUUUUCUACUGGUGAGCCCACAGAUAGUGCAAUGCCCAAGUCCAUCCGAGCACAGAGGCCGCACUCCUGCACGUCAGCAGGAAGGGGGGCCGCCCCCAGCACCCCUGCCGGGAGCUCCUCCGGGGCCGCCUCACCAAGACUUGGAGGCGGCGUGAGGACGCCCGUGAGGACGAGGCGCUUGCCGGCCUGGCCCACGCCUGCCGGCCGCCGGCUCUCCAGCCUUCCGCGGGCGACCCCCGCAGCCGUGCCCGGGGCUCUGGCCUCUCGCCCGUGUGCGUCUGCUCGGAGGCCUUCCUCUGAACUCCGGGAAAAGUCUGCUGCGAGGGCCGCGCCAGCCAGGGCGAGCAGCAGCCUGGCCGCCUCCCGACGCGGGUCCUGUUCCCCUCCGUCAGCCGUGCCUCAGGCGCUCAGCUUUUCUCCAGAGAAGAGUGACUCGGCGGUUCCGGAAAGUAUCAGCGCCGACGUGGUGCUGGGGGCGGCCCAGCCACCUGCAGACGCGCCCCCUCGGGAGGCUAUUCUCGUGGAUCUCAGCCUGGAUCAACUUGCCAUCACCCCAAAAGCCCAAAGCCCAGCCCCUUUCGACCUCCCUCUCAUCGACCUGUGUGACACUCCAGAGGCCAGCGCGGCCCCGAGAUCUGACAGCAGGCCCCUCAGUGACCUGCUGCUCAACACUCCGGACACCAACAGAGGCGCCGCGUCCAAGCCCGUCCACGAGGUGGCGCAGCUGAUAGACUUGACUUCUCCUCUGAUCCAGCUGAGUCCCGAGGCUGACAAGGAGAAUGUGGAUUCGCCACUUCUCAAGUUCUGAGGAGAAUGACCCUUCCCAUUUUACUCUGUUAAAAGAACUGUCAGUCUUACAGUGGUUUUCAACCCAUAGAAAUAAAUUUUAGGAGCCAUUGU